AUGGACUUGCUAGAAUUAAGAAACGAGAUCUCCAGGCUGGUAUUAAUGUAUCAAGAAGGCAACACUGGAGAGUGCUACGACAAUGUCGGCCUCUCCACCGAGAUGUACGCCUUCGACUCCGGCCAAAUACGCAACGACCGAAAAGCUCUCCAAGAACUCCGCAACCUUCUUCUCCAUAGAUUAGACAUUCUCGCUUGCGGCGACGACUAUGUCAAAGCCCUUGAUGUCAGUCCUCCUGAUGGCAUGCGUUGCGCCGAGUGGGGAGGUACAUCAACUGUCAAACCCCAUGAGGAUGAUCGAUAUGAUGAAGUUCAGAAAAACUGUUAUUUCGCAGAUGAGAUUCUGUUUCCGAAGCCUAAGGGUAUACCUCUCCGACAGGUAUGGGCCAAGGGAUACAGUUAUAUGGUUUAUAGCUUGGCUAGGUUGGAUUUGACUAUUCCAGAGAUUCGAUCAAAAGUGGAGGCGUUGGUUCGACAAGAACGACGGGGUUUGAGGAAGAGGGGUUUAAGACGUUUAUGUCGUUUCGUAUGUUCCUGCUUCAUUCUUUAG